AAAAUUGUAUUGAUUGUAAGAAAGAAAUGAUAAAAAAUAAUAAUAAUUACCUUGUGGAUAAUUUGAAUAAAUCAAUUGAUACAUUAAAUGAGCUUUCAAAUAGAUUAAAAGAAAAUAAUGAAAAAGAAAGUAUAAAAUUAAUUGAAAAUUCAUAUAAAAUUUUAAUUAUAACAGAUGUUGGAUUGAAUAAAGUUGUAUUAUGCAAUG